UGUAAUUGAAUCAAACGUGAAGGGCAUUUUGGCAUCGUCAAGAUCCUGGACUAUAAAUUCAUGGUCCCCAUCGUCCAUUCUGUCAGCUCGACAGGCUUUGACAAUAACAAGGGAGAGACUGUUACCGCCUUGAUCUCUCAGAGCCUCUUCUCUGGUCGUGAAAAAUGGCUUCAGAUCCGAAGGUUCACCUUUAUGAAGAAGUGUCCAAGCACAACAAGACCAAAGAUUGCUGGCUUAUUAUUUCUGGAAAGGUGUAUGAUGUAACCCCAUUCAUGGAUGAUCAUCCUGGAGGUGAUGAAGUCCUUCUAUCUGCAACAGGGAAGGAUGCAACAAAUGAUUUUGAAGAUGUGGGACACAGCGAUUCUGCUAGAGAAAUGAUGGGAAAAUACUGCAUUGGUGAGAUUGAUUCAUCCACUGUUCCGGCAAAAAGGAACUAUAUUCCACCCCCUCAAGCUCCUUACAAUCCUGAUAAGACCCCAGAGUUUGUGAUUAAGAUUUUGCAGUUUCUCGUUCCCUUAUUGAUCUUGGGUUUAGCCUUUGCUGUCCGACACUUCACCAAGAAAGAGUAGUUAGUCCAUUACCGUUUACAAUGUACCCAUCUGAAGGGCGAGUCAUUGUCCACUUUUUGAGCAAUUGAAAGAGACAGUUACUUCUCGUGUUUUAGUUUGUCUGUGAUUUGUGUUUGUGUCAGCGUUGAACAGUAAUUCAAUGAACUAGUUUCAGAGACUUUCCGUCACA